AUGAACAAAAUUAAUCGCCCAUUAUCCAACUCUCUAUCAACUCUACAUUCAUUAAAAACACUCCAUUUAGAAAGUUUUAGUCUACCACUAUCUGGCGGUGUAUUUCCAGAAUCAAUCUCUGCACUACGUAUGAGAGACUUUGAUAACCUUUUAUCCAACUCUCUAUCAACACUAUAUUUAUUAAAAACACUCUAUUUACCAAAUUAUAAUCAAGAGAUAUCGAUUGAAACAUGCCCACCCUCAAUAGAGACAUUAGAUUUGUUGAGCUUUAACCAAGUUAUAAAACCAAAUGUACUUCCACCAUCAAUAACUAAUCUCACUUUAACUGAAUAUAACCAUCCAUUAGAACCACAAGUAAUACCGCCAAAUGUGAAAAAAUUACAGCUAACAUCAUACAAUUGUAAUCUUGGUAAACAUUUAUUCCCAAAUACUUUACAACAUUUAGUUAUAUCAAACCAUUCAAAUGAAUUGUUGGAAGAUGAUUUACCAUCAUCAAUUACAGAACUUCAUUUCAAAUCUAAUUUUAGUUAUACUUCAAAACCAAUUCGAUUUCAAACUAAUUCAAUACCACCAUCAGUAAAAAAAUUAAUACUCCCAAAUAACUAUUCCCAACCUCUUCAAGUCGGUACUAUACCCAAUUCAGUUACAUAUUUAACAUUACCUAAAUUAUCUAGUCCUCUCCAAGUUGGUGUAUUACCAGAAUCUCUCACUAAAUUAACCUUUAUAAAAGGAUUUGAUCAACCUAUAGACCCAGCUACCAUUCCACAAUCUGUUACUCAAAUCUUAUUACCUAAUAAUUAUUAUAAACACCCAAUACCAAACUCUUUAUUAAAUAUAAUAAAUAGCUACGAAUAA